CCAGCUGUCAGUUCCACCACACUGAGAGAGUAUAGUAGCAAGAGUGUAGCUAGAGGAGUCCAAACAGUACUGCACUUUAGUUCGUGUAGUUAAAUUGCCUUUAAGCAGCUCUAGAUAUUUUUAACACAGGGAGCCCUUACAAAUUCACCUCUACCUGUGCUGUCGACUGCUUUUCGUAUGACGCGAGCUGAUUUUAAAAGCUAGCACGCUGGCUAGCUUGCUAGCAUAUUAUCUACAGCUGCCUAACCAUCUGCAACAUUCAUUUUUGCACCUUCUUCACUUCCAGUCAGCUUGGUAUGUCGAUAUGGCACAUAGGAAAGAAGUAUUUCAGUCAAAAGUACUCCAGAGGCUUUACCCCGCAGCUCCCAAAUUGGAGGAAGGAACCCAGCCCACCAUGUAUCGUAGACGCUCUAGCCAAGAAAACCUUUGUGAAAAGAAAAGUUUCUCAAAACGACACUGCUGCUGGAGAUGCAGGGCAGACACAAAGUGCAGCUAAUCCCCACAGGCGGAUGUACACAGUUCUACCUCCUCCUGCAGACUAUAAGACUCAUUCAAAGAAAUCCAUCACACUGCCCCAAUUAGAAAGCAUAAAUAGUCCUGAAGACCCAGCUGUUGAGAGCGUCCAUGAGAGCAAUGAAGAACUAGACCAAGAUAAAGAGCAAGAAGAGCACAAAAGGAAAAGGAGAAGACGGAAAAGGAAACUGACUCUUCAACAAGACUCUGGGCAAGAUGGUUCAGGUCCAGGGAGUGAGCACAGCACAGGUCAGAGUCAGACAGCCGUGGAUGAGGGAGGAGAGCGCAUUAGCAGGAACAAGAAGAGGAAGCUGAAGAAGAAACGGCACAAAGAGAGGCUGCUUUCAAUGGGUGUGAUGCCCAGAGCUGCUGCCCUGGAGUUCACGUACCAAAAAGAUGGGGAGGAGGAGGAGGAGGAGGAUAAUGAGAGGAGAGCUGCCGAAGUGUCAGACUUCCUCAGGACAACACUGGAAAUCUAUAUGUCAGAUUCCUCAUUGCGUGCAGACAAGCUUCCCCUCCUGUCUGGCACAGUGGAUGACCUUUUGAGCCACAUAUCCAGCAGAUGCCAGCCUAACCCUGUCCUGAAGCAGCUCCAUAGUCUCAAGGCUUUUGUUCAACAGAAAGCGACAGACAAACUGGAAAAAGCACUGAGGGAACUCGAUAACAACUCGCCUAUGUCUGCAGAGGGAACCGCUGCCGUCGUUUCACUGUUCCAAUACUGGAUCACAGACAUUCUUCCCAUGCAGGGAGACAAGAAGACAGGGCUUUCUGCAACACACCCAUGAGACUGCCAGUCUCACUGAAACAGAGACGCUACUGAAGGAGUAUUUCUACCACUAGAUUAUGAAAUUUUCCUCUUACAUACUGCAUUGCAAAAUGUUGGACUUAACAUUAUGCUAUAUAAAAUAUUUUUUAUUAUUAAAAUGUUUUGCUUUUGAUUCAUGCCUUUAUGUUGUUCAAGUAGAAAACAAGGCCAGUUAAUUCUGGCCUUCGGAAAUCCUUCCACCCACCAGCUGAGCUGUUACUUACCUCCCUGUUCGUUAGAGUUGUUUUUCAUGUAGUUCAAACAAAUCAAACAUUUAAUUGGUGUUAACAUUGCACUCAUCCUCCUCAUCUAAUCCCCUAAUUGCCAGAGAAGUAAAUGUCAGCUCGGCCAGAGUUCGAGUAUUGUUUGCAGAUGUUAUGACAUUUAAACCUGGUCGGUUAACCUAAUAGCUCCUCAAUUAUCUACAGUACACUCCCCACAAAUCAAUUUCUGACCACGUUGCUAUUCCAUGUGCCUUCUCAAAUUUGCUGUCUCACAUAACUGCACUAGAUUAAUCGAGGGUCUUCAGGGGGAUGGUACUGAUGACACUAAUGGUGUCUCAGCAGAUAUUCAUUAUGGAGCUGAAUGAUAAAGAACGAGACCUAAUCCCAUUGCAUUAUUCCCACAACCCUCGUUGGUGUUAUCCAACUGUAUGCUCAACAUAGCAACACAGCAUGUUGUUGUCGGACCUUGGGAAUCAGACCACCCAGGGAGUCAGUAGCUUAACCUUCCGCAUCAUGAUACCUGUCUACAGCUCAGGCUAUUCUAAUACAUUUACCCAGAGCUCAAUGCCAGGGGGUGGGUUCAGGAAAAGGCCAGAGAAUUAUCUUGGCUGGACAGUGCCAUUGUGAUGACCUGUGUGGGAGUAGUCUGCCACACACUAGCUUCAGAGGAGCCGUUGUCUUCCCAGAACUCAGAUGCAGUCGUAGAGACCAGCAGUCUAUACCAUGCACUGUAACACACAGCUCAGAGUGUAUGUGUGUGUGUAGUAGUAUAUUGGUGAACAAUUAGCAUGAGAGCAGCCAUCUGUGGCCUCCAUUCAUGGAUUGACGCGCCAGGUGCUGUGUCUGAUCACAGUUCAUGGGCUCAUUCUGCAGACAUUAGCCAGAGGAGACAAUAAGGGCAAAGACCACAUUACCUGUCAUGCUUAUGUAACAUAGUAUGUAAAUCCAGCAUUUGUAGGUUUAGUUCUCACUGUUGUACAUUGUCCAUCUGUUUUUCAACCCAUCAUUUUGAAAUAAUUACGGCAAUGUAUAAAAUUACAAUGUGAAAACAAUGAACGUGUGAAAGGUGACUUAUCAAACAUCUGCAGUUUCCCUCAGCUUUAAACUGUUUACAUUAAGUGACCAUUGAGCCAGGGAUUUCCCUCAACAGGGGACCAAACACAGAGCUAAAAUUAGAGUGAGUAUUGGACUGACAUUUGCCAAAUAGCCAGAAGGAGGACUCCAAAUGAAUGCUAAUGUUGCUUCAUAACAUAACUAGUGGAAUGUGUAAAUAAGCAGUUGUUUGCUAACAAGUUCACUAAAACCGUUGUUUUUUGUUUUUUAAGUUGUGUCACUGUUAUAUUCACAGCUUGUUCCCUUUGCUCUCAAAUGGCCAAAAUAUGAGUUACUGCAAGCUUAACUUCAUCUAGUACCACUGGUCAAAAAUGUAAAAAAUCUUUAAUAUUUUGGUUUAUAAUCAAAUUCCCGCUAAAUUAAUGAUAUUUCAUCUACUUAUGCUCUGCUUUUGUUUACCACUAAUCAACAGAUGUAAAUAUUGCACCUGCAAAUUGUUAGCAUGUGAGCAUGUUAGCGUGCUCACAUGCUCACAUGUUAACAUGUGCUCGCUGCUAGCAUGAAGACUUGUUAUCUUGUAGAUAUUUUUGCUUUACCUGGCUUGUUUUCUAGCACUGAAGUCAUUAGUGAUUUUUUUUCUCCAGUAAAAGCUGUAUGGCUUCAUUUAACAAACCCCACUUGCCAUCACAAGUUGGUAUCAUGUCGACUUUGUGGCAUUAUUGCCAGGGUUUGCGAUUAUUCAUGGAUGCAUGAGUUUGGAGGCAGAAUUGGGUCCUAUUACCAGAGAUGAGAAAAAGGUCAUUGUUGGCUGCUCUCACUGGAGAGAAUUCCUCUCGUCCACGGGAGAGAGAGACGUUAUCAGCACGGCAACCUCAUUAAAAGGCCUCCCUCUGGGCUCAGGACCCUGAGGCCAGGAAGGAUAUUAAAGCUUAAAGAAAUUUGCUGACAUGGCAGGAGAAGCCAUCCUCAGCAUCAACAGGAAAACAUCCAAAUCAACCCAUGUGGCAGAUUCAGAGAUUCUAGUGGUUCUGACUUCAAAUGACUUGGGUUUUCUGUAUAAGGAUAUUAAAGGGACUGCUGAAGUCAGAAAUCA